GGUUUCCGCAAAGGAAACACAAGGACCCGGAAGUUGUCGCGAUUCCGCGGGUCUUUUGGGACAACACUGGUCAGUAGCACACAGGGUGCAGAAAUGGCGGUAAAUACCAUGGAGAAAAAACUGGCUGAAUACAAGUGUGACACCAAUGAAGCAAUAUGUUUGAAGCUGGUUCGCUUUCCUGAGGAUGUUGACGAUGAUGGCACAACAUUCCACCCCGAGUACAGCCACCAAAUUUUUGGAGAUGACGAGGUCGCUUUUGGAUACAAAGGUCUUCAGAUACAGCUCUUCUACACAGCUGGAAACCUGAGCACCCUCUUCAAAGUGAAAUAUUCCUCAAGAGUUACUGAUACGUUUGAUUGUGUGGAGCCUGAUGAAGUUGAAGGGAAGAUCCGCGAAAUCGUUCCUGCUGGGUUUACCUGCAACACGGACGACUUCAUCUCGCUGCUGGAGAAGGAGGCCAAUUUCAAGCCCUUCGGCACCCUGCUCCACACGUACACCAUCCACAGCGAGGACGCUGGAGAACUCACAUACCAGAUCCACAAGGCGGAUAUCACCUGCCCCGGAUUCCAAGAGUACCACGAGCGCCUGCAGACCUUCCUCAUGUGGUUCAUAGAGACGGCCAGCUACAUCGACGCAGACGACGAUCGUUGGGACUUCUUUUUUGUAUUUGAAAAGUACAAUAAAGAUGGGGAGACUCUCUACGCAACUGUUGGCUACAUGACAGUUUAUAAUUACUACGUGUACCCAGACAAAACCCGACCACGUGUAAGCCAAAUGCUGAUCCUGCCUCCCUUCCAAGGAGAGGGUCACGGAGCUCAGCUCCUGGAGGCGGUGCACAGAUUUUAUUGCAACCUGCCCAAAGUGCAAGAUAUCACAGCCGAAGACCCGUCUGAGAACUACGUGAAGUUGAGAGACUACGUGCUAGUCAAACUUUGUCAGGGCCUGCCGUCGUUCGCCGCAGACAAGCUGCACCUCGGCUUCUCCGCCGUCAUGAUCAAAGAGGCACAAGACAAGUUGAAAAUCAACAAGAAACAUGCAAGGCGAGUGUAUGAGAUCCUGCGUCUGAGAGCCACAGACAUGAGUGAUGAAGAGAAGGCCAGGGAGUACCGCUUGGAGGUGAAGAAGAGGCUAUUUGGACCGUACAGGAAGAAUCAGAGGGAGCUGACGAAGAUGAGGAAGUGCCUGCGACCGGAGGAGCUGGUGUCCCACAUGGGUCAGAUGGACACUCAGACGCAGCACGAGGAGCUGGAGAAGAGUUACCAGGUCGUCGUGGAAGACUACAGGAGAAUCAUCGAGAGGAUCGCGACGCAGGCCUGAUCCACAACGAGAGACGCCGCUGGCCCGGAGCCCACCCGCUCAACAAACAGGUGGUGUGCCCUGUCUGUACAAAGCCCACGUCAUCACAGACUUUAGCUGGAACCAAGAGGAAACUCUCCUGAUGUGACCAAGUCACCGUUUUAAGUUCAGGAGGUGUUACAAGUGUAUAGUAGCUGGUGUAGCAGUGAUAGGUUCCAAAGGCAAAAUUGUCCGUCUGUUUCCCAGCUGAUGUUGAUACUGUAGAGGAGAACGGUGCAGCUGGAGGUGGAGACGUCUUCUCUCUCUCUCUCUCUCUCUCUCUCUCUCUCUCUCUCGUGUUUAAUCACAUCGCGUGACAUUAAGAUGACAUGUAAUAUUUCACAGGUGACAUGAGGUCCACUACGGUGCAGAGAAACCCUGCUUCUUCUCCAUCACAGACAUUUUUUUUAAAGAUCUUUUGUUAGGACAGUUCCUAAUGUGUUUGAAGCACUUCAGACUGAAAAAAAAAAUGGGUUUUGUAUGUUCCUCAAAUGGUGUGAUUCUUAUGGAAGAGGAGAAAAUAAAAUGACAAUUCUUGUUU